UUGCUCUUGCACUCGUAGCAGAAAAAAAACCUGCCAAUGAAGAAAGUGUAGACAAGCGUACACCUCAUGACUACUACGACGAUGAUUACUACGAAGAUGAUUAUAAGAAAAAACAUUACAAACGUCACGACUAUUACAAGAAAAAGGACUAUUACGAUGAUGAUUACGAAGAUAAAUACAACAAACACUACAAACGUCACGACUAUUACAAGAAGAAAGACUACUAUCACGAUGACUACAAAAAGGACUACUACCACGACGACUAUAAGAAAUAUUAA